UCUACGAAAUGUUUUUCUGUCAUACAAAAAUGUUGCUGAUUUAGUUAAGACUACCAACAGAGGACAGCAAAGCAAAGAUUCCUGGGUGUUGUUCGGAUUUAGCCCGAGGCAGUUUUAACGUAUCGUCUCGUCAUUUUACAGUAUCUCUGAUACUGUAUCCGGUUACCUUUUGUAGAUCCGGACCCCUUUUAAAGAUCUCCGGGCUGAAGAGAUAUCAGUUUCGUUUCGUUGCACAGAAGUGUACUGAAUAUCAACCAAUCCCGGCUUCUGCAGAUCGAGACAGAUCAUUGAACCUGCUACAGGUUUUGCGCAAUGUGAGACUUUCGUAAACAAGGAGGACAGGAGUGCAUUUUCAGCAUAGUUUUGUUUUCACGUAUUUCAUUCGAAUAUAUGAUCUUUUCCGUCUGCAGGAUCUUUAAAUAAGUACCUCAUUGGACAAAGAGGAAGAUUCUCGUUACAGAUCGCAGAACCUGCUUUAGCACAAUGGCGUCCAGUGCUCCGGUGGUCAACGGGGACCUUUCCGGUGAUGCCCAAAGUACACCUGUUCGGUGUCUGGUCACACCGGAAGAAACAAUCGAACAAAUGAAACUUCUCAUCAAAGAGAAUACGGACCUGAAAGAAACCCUGCAGCAGAACAACAGCAGCAUGAAGGAGAAGUUUGAGGAGCUUUCAGUGUGGAAGGAGAGGCAGACGGGAGUGAUAGAAUUCCUUGAACGGAAACUGGAGGAGGCUAAAGAAAACAUUAGCACCCUCACUAGGGAAAACUUGGAACUGCAGAGGCUGAAGAAGUCUGACGGAGGGACCCAGGAUGAGGCCAGAAGAAGAGAGGUAGACACGCUGAACACUGUACAGGUGGAGAAGCUGAGCAGGGAGCUGCAGCAGGUGCGUUCUGAUCUGGAGAUAGCAGAGAGCAUCAACAAGACCCUGACUGACAGCUGUAGAGCGAUGGAGCAGGAGAAGCUGCAGCAGGGGAAGCAGAAGCAGGAGAAGCAGCUGCAGGAGAAGCUGCAGCAGGCGCUGCAGGAGAAGCUGCAGCAGGAGAAGCAGCUGCAGGAGCUGCAGGAGAAGCAGAAGCAGGAGAAGCAGCUGCAGGAGAAGCUGCAGCAGGCGCUGCAGGAGAAGCAGAAUCAGGAGAAGCAGCUGCAGGAGAAGCUGCAGCAGGCGCUGCAAGAGAAGCAGAAGCAGGAGAAUCAGCUGCAGGAGAAGCUGCAGCAGGCGCUGCAGCAGCAGGAGCUGCAGUCCCAGAGGGUGGAGGAGCUGCAGAAGGGUCUGGCGCAGCUGCAAGAGGCCUACACCCAGCUGUCUGACGAGAACUGCAGGAUGAAGGAGGAAGUGAAGAGAGGAGAGAUCUCCAAGGAGGCAGUGAAUGCGCUCCAGACCAGGCUGGAGGCAGUUGAGAAAGCCCUGGCUGACAAGCAAGUGAAGAUGGAUGGGAUGAAGCAGGAGAUCGUCAAGAUGGAGAAGGAGCUGGAGACAAUCCCAGUGUUCCCAACAGAGGCUGAGGUGUACUUGUUGGACUUCAACGCGGAGAGGGCGGCCAGAGAAAAGAUUCACGAGGAGAAAGAGCACCUGUGUUACGAGCUGGAGGCCCUGAAACAGCAGAACCGCUGCCUGCAGGAGGAGCUCGACGGUCUGGCCAGACAGCCUGUGACCGCGAUCCAGGGUCGCCAUCGGCCGCUGCAAGGGCCCGGCCCUGAGGGUGGCGCCACAGCCCACAGCAGGGGGCCAGAGAUCUCCGAGGAGGCAGUGAAUGAGCUCCAGACCAGGCUAGAGGCGGCUGAGAAAGCCCUGGCUGACAAGCAAGUGAAGAUGGAUGGGAUGAAGCAGGAGAUCUUCAGGAAGGAGAAGGAGCUGGAGACAAUCUCAAAGUUCCAAUCACAGGGUGUGACGUACUUUCCGGAAACCUACGCGGAGAGGACAGCCAGAGAAGAGGAGAUGAAGCGCCUGCGUGAUGAGCUGGAGGCUCUGAGAGAGCAGAACCGCUACCUGCAGGAGGAGCGGGACGCUCUGGCCAGACAGUCCGUGACUGCGAUCCAGGGUCGCCAUCGGCCGCUGCAAGGGCCCGGCCCUGAGGGUGGCGCCACAGCCCACAGCAGGGGGCCAGAGAUGUGGUGAACAUCCCAGAGCACACCUGUCCCAUCUCUGCAGUAAAGGCUGAAUAAGUUUUUUAAAAGAUACUGGAUUUGUUUGAAUAAUUUUAUCAAUGAUUCAUUUUAUGUAUUUUCUCCAGAGGAAAACUGGUUCUGAAAUCAAUUAAUCAACAAAAGCCAUCAGUACGUGUACUCUGUGCAAUGACAAUAAAGUUGAAUCUAAUCUAAUCUAA